AUGAUUUUUAAAUCUUUUAUACUAGGUAAUCUAGUAUCCUUAUGCAUGAAGAUAAUCAAUUCGGUCGUUGUGGUCGGACUCUAUUAUGGAUUUCUGACCACAUUCUCCGUAGGGCCCUCUUAUCUCUUUCUUCUCCGAGCUCGGGUUAUGGAAGAAGGAGAAGAAGGAACCGAGAAGAAGGUAUCAGCAACAACUGGUUUUAUUGCGGGACAGCUCAUGAUGUUCAUAUCGAUCUAUUAUGCGCCUCUGCAUUUAGCAUUGGGUAGACCUCAUACAAUAACUGUCCUAGCUCUACCGUAUCUUUUGUUUCAUUUCUUCUGGAACAAUCACAAACACUUUUUUGAUUAUGGAUCUACUACCAGAAAUUCAAUGCGUAAUCUUCGCAUUCAAUGUGUAUUCCUGAAUAAUCUCAUUUUUCAAUUAUUCAACCAUUUCAUUUUACCAAGUUCAAUGUUAGCCAGAUUAGUCAACAUUUAUAUGUUUCGAUGCAACAACAAGAUGUUAUUUGUAACAAGUAGUUUUGUUGGUUGGUUAAUUGGUCACAUUUUAUUCAUGAAAUGGGUUGGAUUGGUAUUAGUCUGGAUACAGCAAAAUAAUUCUAUUAGGUCUAAUGUACUUAUUCGAUCUAAUAAGUAUAAGUACCUUGUGUCAGAAUUGAGAAAUUCUAUGGCUCGAAUCUUUAGUAUUCUCUUAUUUAUUACCUGUGUCUACUAUUUAGGCAGAAUACCGUCACCCAUUUUUACUAAGAAACUAAAAGGAACCUCGGAAACGGAGGAAAGGGGGGGGACUAAACAGGACCAAGAGGUAUCCACCGAAGAAGAUCCUUUUCCUUCUCUUUUUUCGGAAGAAAGGGAGGAUCCGGACAAAAUCGAUGAAACGGAAGAGAUCCGAGUGAAUGGAAAGGAAAAAAAAAAUAAGGAUGAUGAAUUUAAAUUUAAAGAGAUAUCCUCUAACUUUUAUAACUUUAAAUAUAAAAAUAGGCUAGGUUAUGAAAAUCUAGAUGAGAAUCAAGAAAAUUCCAAUUUAGAAAUAUUAAAAAGAAAAGAAGAUAAAUAUUUAUUAUGGUUUGAAAAACCUUUUGUGACUCUUCUUUUUGAUUAUAAACGGUGGAAUCGGCCAUUUCGAUAUCUAAAAAAUGAUCGAUUUGAAAAUGCUGUAAGAAAUCAAAUGUCACAAUAUUUUUUUUAUACAUGUCAAAGUGAUGGAAAAGAAAGAAUAUCUUUUACGUAUCCACCCAGUUUGGCAACUUUUUUGGAAAUGAUACAACAAAAGAUGCCUUUGUUCACACAAGAAAAAUUAUCCUCUAAUGAAUUCUAUAAUCAUUGGAUUCUUACCAAUGAGAAAAAAGAGAGCAAGUUAAAGAACGAAUUUCUAAAUAGAAUUAAAGCUUUAGAUAAAGGAUUUCUUGCUCUGAAUAUACUCGAAAAAAGGACUCGAUUUUGUAAUAAUGAGACUAAAAAAGAAUAUUUGCCUAAAAUUUAUGAUCCGUUAUUAUAUGGAUCCUAUCGUGGAAGAAUCAUAAAUUUUCUUUCACUACCUGAAACUUAUAUAAAAAAUAACAUAGGAACGGUUUUGAUAAAUAAGAUUCAUAGUAUACUUCUUAAUACUGAUUAUCACGAAUUUGAACAGACAAUAGAAAUAGAUACACUUAAUAGAAAAUCAUUAUCAAUAGAAAAAAGACUUUCUUUAUUUCCAGAACACCAACAAGAGCAAGUUGAUUCAAAAAAUCGAAAAAAUAAAAUUCAAUUUUUAUUCUUUUUAUUCGAUGUGGUUCUAACUAAUCCCAAUGAUCAAACGAAUUCUGUUGGAAUAAAAGAAAUCAGUAAAAAAGUUCCUCGUUGGUCAUACAAAUUAAUCGACGAUUUAGAACAACUGGAGGGGGAAAAUGAAGAAAACGUGACAGCGGAUCCUGAAAUUCGUUCAAGAAAAGCCAAACAUGUAGUGAUUUUUACUGAUAACCAACAGAAUAACGAUAUUUAUACUAACAUCAAAGAUACUAAUAAUUCUGAUGAAAGAGACGAAGUAGCUUUGAUACGUUAUUCACAACAAUCAGAUUUUCGUCGAGACAUAAUCAAAGGAUCCAUGCGUCCUCAAAGACGUAAAACAGUUACUUGGGAACUGUUUCAAGCAAAUGCGCAUUCCCCUCUUUUUUUGGACAGAAUAGACAAACCCCUUUUUUUUUUUUCUGCAUUUGAUAUUUCUGAACUGAUGAAACGCAUUUUUAGAAAUAGGAUAUGGAUACGGACAAACCAGGAAAAAAAAAAUUCUGAUUAUACAGAAGAAAAGACAAAAACAAUUGAGAAAAAAGAAGACGACAAAAGAGAACAAUACAAAAGAGAAGAAAAAACACGAAUAGAAAUAGCGGAAGCCUGGGAUAGUCUUUUAUUUGCUCAAGUUCUAAGAGGUUUCGUCUUAGUAACCCAAUCGAUUCUUAGAAAAUAUAUUAUAUUACCUUCCUUGAUAAUAGUUAAAAAUAUCGCCCGUCUGCUAUUAUUUCAAUUUUCCGAAUGGUCUGAGGAUUUAAAGGAUUGGAAUCGAGAAAUGCAUAUUAAAUGUACCUAUAAUGGUGUUCAAUUAUCAGAAACAGAAUUUCCAAAAAACUGGUUAACAGACGGUAUUCAGAUAAAAAUACUAUUCCCUUUUUGCCUUAAACCUUGGCACAGAUCGAAAUUACGAUCCCCUCAUAAAGAUCCAAUCAAAAAGAGGAAGGGGGAAAAAAAUGAUUUUUGUUUUUUAACAGUUUGGGGGAUGGAAACUGAAUUGCCUUUUGGUUCUCCCCGAAAACGGCCUUCAUUUUUUGAACCUCUUUUUAAAGAAUUGAAAAAAAAAAUUAGAAAAUUGAAAAUUAAGUAUUUUCUGGGUUUAAGGGUUUUAAAAGAAAGAGCAAAAAUAUUUGUAAAAGUCUCAAAAGAAACAAAAAAACAGGUCAGUACAAACCUUCUAUUUGUAAAAGGAAUAAUAAAAGAAUUUUCAAAACGAAACCGAAGUCCAUUAUUUGGAUUGAAAGAAAUAUCUGAAUUGAGUGAAACGAAAAAAGAUUCAAGAAUUAGUAAUCAGAUGAUUCCCGAAUCGUCUGUUCAAAUUCGAUCUAUGGAGUGGACAAAUUAUUCCCUGACAGAAAACAAAAUAAAAGAUUUGACUGAUAGAGCAAGUACAAUCAGAAAUCAAAUAGAACAAAUUACAAAAGAGAAGAAAAACGGAUUUAUAACCCAAACUCAAGAAAUAAAUAUUAGUUCUAACAAACCAAGUUAUCAUGCUAAAAUAUUAGCAUCAUCAAAAAAUAUUUGGCAAAUAUUAAAAAGAAAAAAUGCUCGAUUAAUUCGUAAAUCAUAUUAUUUUAUAAAAUUUUUCAUUGAAAGGAUAUAUAUAGAUAUUUUUCUAUGUAUCGUUAAUAUUCCAAGGAUGAAUACACAACUUUUUCUUGAAUCAACAAAAAAAAAUUUUGAUAAAUACAUUUACAAUAAUGAAGUAAAUCAAGAAAGAAUUAAUAAAACAAAUAAAAAUACCAGUCAAUUUAUUUCGAAUAUAAAAAACUCACUUUCUAAUACUAAUAUUAGAAAUAAGAAUUCAAAAAAUUGUUGUAAUCUAUCCUCCUUCUCACAAGCAUAUGUAUUUUACAAAUUAUCACAAAUAAAAGUUAUUAACUUGUAUAAGUUAAGGUCUGUCCUUCAAUAUCAAUAUAACGGAACAUCUUUUUUUCUUAAGAAUGAAAUAAAGGAUUCUUUUGAAGAACAAGGAAUAUUUGAUUACCAAUUAAGACAUAAACCCCCUUUUAAUUACGAAAAAAAUCUAUGGAAAAACUGGUUAAGAAGUCAUUAUCAAUAUGAUUUACCUCAGAUUAGAUGGCCUAGAUUAGUACCAGAAAAAUGGCGAAAUAGAGUCAAAGAAUACUGUAGAGUUCAAAAUAAAGAUUUAAACAAAUGGGAUUCAUAUGAAAAAGACAAAUUAAGUCAUUACGAAAGACAAAACUCUUUUGAAGUGGACUCAUUGCUGAAUCAAAAAUCGAAUUUCAAAAAAAAUGAUAGAUAUGAUCUUUUAUCAUCUAAAUCUAUUAAUUCUAAAGACAAGAUUUUUUUUAAUUACAACAUGGAUAAACAGAAAUUUUUUGAUAUCCUCGUAGGUAUCCCUAUCCAUAAUUAUCUAGUCUCUAAUUAUUUCGGAGAAGAUCAUAUUUUUGAUAGCGAGAAAAUUCUGGAUCGAAAAUAUUUAGAUUGGAGAAUUCUCAACUUUUGUCUUAGAAACAAGGUCGAUAUUGAGUCGUGGGUUGAUAUCGAUACUAAGAGUAAUAAAAAUAUUAAGACUGGAGUUAAUAAUUAUCAAAUUAUUGAUAAAAUUAAUAAGAAGAAGGGUCUUUUAUAUUUCACAAUUCAUCAAGAUCAAGAAAUCAAACCUUUCAAUCCAAAAAGUUUCUUUUUUGAUUGGAUGGGAAUGAAUGAAGAAAUACUAAGUCGUCUAUCGAAUCUAGAACUUUGGUUCUUUCCCGAAUUUGUCUUACUUUAUAAUGCAUAUAAGAUUAAACCGUGGAUCAUACCAAGCAAUUUACUUCUUUUUAAUUUUAAUGAAAAUGAAAACCUUAAUAAAAGCAUCACGGGAAAGAAAAAGGGUUUUAUAUCAUCGAAUGAAAAACAAUUUCUUGGAUUUGGAUUCGAAAAUCCAAAUCACGAAGAAAGAGACCCCGCGUACCAAGGGGAGCUUGGACCAGAUGAACAAAAACAAGGGAAUCUUGGAUCAAUUCUCUCAAACCAAGAAAAAAAUAUUGAAGAAGAUUAUGCAGAAUCAGACAUCAAAAAACGUAGAAAGAAAAAGCAAUACAAAAGCAAUACAGAAGCAGAACUUCAUUUCUUCCUAAAAAGAUAUUUGCGUUUUCAAUUGAGAUGGAAUGAUUCUUUAAAUGAAAGAAUUAUCAAUAAUAUCAAAGUAUAUUGUCUCUUGCUUAGACUGAUAAAUCCAAGAGAAAUUACUAUAUCUUCUAUUCAAAGGGGAGAACUGAGUCUAGAUAUCCUGAUGAUUCAGAAGGAUUUAACUCUUCCAGAAUUAAUGAAAAAGGGAAUAUUGAUUAUCGAACCAGUCCGUUUGUCUGUCAAAAACGAUGGACAAUUUAUUAUAUAUCAAACCAUAGGUAUUUCAUUGGGUGAUAAGAAUAAGCCCCAAAUAAAGCAAAGAUACCAAGAAAAAAACUAUGUUGAUAAAAAGAAUUUUGAUGAAUCCAUUGCAAGACAUCAAAGAAUGACUGGAAAUAGAGAAAAAAAUCAUUAUGAUUUCCUUGUCCCUGAAAAUAUUUUAUCCCCUAAAUGUCGUAGAGAAUUUCGAAUUCUAAUUUGUUUCAAUUCAAAGAAUAGAAAUGAUAUGCGUAGAAAGACAAAAUUUCACAAUAACAUAAAAAACUGUGGUCAAGUUUUGAAUACAACCAAAGAUUUUGAUAGAAAUAAAAAUACCCUAAUUAAAUCAAAGUUCUUUCUUUGGCCCAAUUUUCGAUUAGAAGAUUUAGCUUGUAUGAAUCGCUAUUGGUUUAAUACUAAUAAUGGUAGUCGUUUCAGUAUGAUAAGGAUACAUAUGUAUCCGCGAUUAAAAACUCCUUGA